GAACGAUACGACUUCGUAAUAAAUGCGGAUCAACCGGUUGGCGCAUAUUGGAUUCAAGUUCGUGCGCUUGGCGAGUGCGGUAUCCCGCGUGCUCAACAGCUAGGCGUACUGCGAUACGCUCGCGGACCUUACCAACCGUCUACCACCGCACCCACUUACGAUUUUGGUCUUCCACAGGGUGUUGUGCUGAAUCCUCUGGACGCGAUCUGCAAUCGUCAACGGGACGAUGCGAUCUGCGUGAGCCAGCUGAAAAAUGCCCGCCAAAUAGACCAAGGAAUUCUUCAACAACGUCCCGACGUGAAAAUAUUCCUGCCAUUCCGUUUCCUCUUCUACAGGCCAGAAGAAGUCUUCCAGCCUCAAACGUAUAAUCGAUUCUUGGUCGCCCCGACCGGAGAUCAUGUAAUUUCUCUCGUCGAUGAAAUCUCGUUCACAUUUCCGCCGGCGCCUCCGCUUUCGCAAAUCGACGACAUCCCGCCCGAACAAUUUUGCAACGGAGACAACAGGCCUGCCGACUGCGGCGCUAACUGCAUGUGCACCCAUCAGGUUGAUAUCCCGCACAACGCGGUCGUCGAAGUGGUUCUCGUCGACGAAGUGCAACAACCGAAUCUGUCGCAUCCUUUCCAUUUGCACGGCUACGCGUUCAACGUAAUCGGUAUAGGCCGUUCCCCGGACAAGAACGUGAAGAAGAUCAAUCUGAAACACGCAUUGGAUCUCGACAAGAGAGGUCUGCUCAAUCGACAGUUCAAUCUGCCACCUGCCAAGGACACUAUUGCCGUUCCAAACAACGGAUACGUCAUUUUCCGGUUCCGUGCGGACAAUCCUGGAUACUGGCUAUUCCAUUGUCACUUCCUGUUCCACAUACUCAUCGGAAUGAACUUGAUUCUGCACGUUGGAACUCACGCGGAUCUUCCGCCGGUGCCGCCGAACUUCCCAAGAUGCGGGGACCAUCUACCGCCGAUAACGCCGCCAUCGCUGUCGCUGGACUCGUUUCAU